AUGUCCUCGCCCCCCGUCGCGACCGCCCCGCCCCGCCCGCGCACGUCCCCGCCGACGUCGAGCGUCGCGCACAUGGCCGCGCUGCUCCGCACGCCGCUGCGCGUGUCCGUCGCCGACGGCCGCAUCUUCCUCGGCACGUUCGCGGGCACGGACAAGCAACUCAACGUCCUCCUCGUCAACACGGACGAGUACCGCGUCGGCCCGGACGCGGGCGCUGCGGGCGCGGGCCCGCGGUACGUCGGGCAGGUCAUGGUCCCGUGGAGGCUCGUCGUGCGCGUCGAGGCGAGGGGCGCGGGGGCUGGAACCGGGGCCGGGAACGGCGCGGCGGGGGAUAUGGAUGUGGGAGGAGAGUGGAGGGAUAGCGAUGAGGACAGCAUGUAUACGUGA